GUUUAAUUGAGGUUAGUUACUAAUAUUUAGUAAUAAAUACCUUCUUUUUUUCUUUUUUUUUCCCAACCUUAAUGGAAUGCUUAUUCAUGUGGUCCUUUAAAGAAAAAGAAAAAAUUCCCAUUUACUUUGAUCCUACUCGAAAUUCCACGCUUUUAAGACGAAGAAAAAAAGGAAAAAAGAAAACACGCGGAAUCAUCGAAUCGCAAUGGCAGUUGCAAAAUAAACUGCAACUGGCAACCAUCAUCAUCCCCACCACCACCACCACCAUCAUCGUCGCAGAGUUCUUCUUCACUUGACGUCACACAUUUGGGGACGUAUUCACGAGGAAGGGGAAUUUGCAGAGUGAAAGGAGGAAUUGGCGGAUCUGACAGAGUAAAAGAGAUCACCGAAUUGAAAAUUGUUUGAAUCCGGCGGGUCGCCGUGAGUUUUCGGUGGAUGGAAAAUGGAGUUCCUACGGAAUUUGCCUCAAAUGGAUCUGAUGCGGUCCGAGAGGAUGACUUUCGUUCAGCUCAUCAUACCUGUUGAGUCCGCUCACCGCGCCAUCUCUUACCUCGGACAACUCGGCCUUCUCCAAUUCCGAGACUUAAAUGAUGAUAAAAGCCCUUUCCAGCGGACAUUUGUAAAUCAGGUGAAAAGAUGUGCAGAGAUGUCGAGAAAGCUACGGUUUUUUAAAGAUCAGAUUCAUAAAGCUGGCUUACUGCCUUCUCCUCAUCCUGCUUCACAACCAGAUAUCGAUAUAGAAGAAUUGGAGGUGCAAUUGAUGGAGCAUGAACAUGAGCUUAUUGAAAUGAAUGGCAACAGUGACAAACUGCGGCAAACAUAUAAUGAAUUGUUAGAGUUUAAAAUGGUCCUGCAGAAGGCUAGUGAGUUUCUUGUCUCAAGUAAGAGUAAUGGCACUGUGCGGGAAACUGAAAUGGUUGAGAAUGUUUUCUCAACCACUGAUUACAAUGAUACAUCGUCACUUCUUGAACAGGAGAUGCUCCCUGGUCCAGCAAUUCAAUCUGGCGUAAGAUUCAUCAGUGGUAUUAUAUGUAAAUCUAAGGUGCUUACAUUUGAAAGGAUGCUAUUUCGGGCCACAAGAGGCAACAUGUUUUUCAAUCAGGCUGUUGCAGAUGAUCAAAUUCUGGAUCCUUCUUCAAAUGAAAUGGUGGAAAAAACAGUAUUUGUGGUGUUCUUCUCAGGUGAGCAGGCUAGAACGAAAAUACUGAAAAUUUGUGAUGCAUUUGGCGCAAAUUGCUAUCCUGUCCCCGAAGACAUCAGUAGAAGAAUGCAAAUAACUCAAGAAGUGGCAUCUCGGCUUUCUGAGCUGGAAACUACCUUGGAUGCUGGAUUGCGUCACCGUGACAAGGCUUUGACCUCUAUUGGGUUUAACCUGUCAAAAUGGAUGAAUAUGGUUAAAAGGGAAAAAGCUGUUUAUGAUACUUUAAAUAUGCUGAACUUUGAUGUUACGAAGAAGUGUCUUGUCGGUGAAGGAUGGUGUCCAAUUUUUGCAAAAUCGAAGAUACAAGAGACAUUGCAACGUGCUACAUUCGAUAGCAAUUCUCAAGUUGGCAUUAUAUUCCAUGCAAUGGAUGCAGUGGAAUCACCUCCAACCUACUUCAGAACCAAUCAUUUUACCAGUCCAUUCCAAGAAAUUGUUGAUGCUUAUGGAGUUGCCAACUAUCAGGAGGCAAAUCCUGCUGUUUAUACCAUCAUUACAUUUCCGUUUCUUUUUGCUGUGAUGUUUGGAGACUGGGGGCAUGGAAUAUGCUUGCUAUUGGGAGCCUUAGUCCUCAUAGCCCGUGAAAGAAAGCUAGGUUCUCAGAAAUUAGGUAGCUUUAUGGAGAUGCUAUUUGGUGGCCGUUAUGUCCUGCUGUUGAUGUCUAUAUUUUCCAUUUAUUGCGGGUUGCUGUACAAUGAGUUCUUCUCCGUUCCUUUUCACAUAUUUGGGAAGUCUGCUUAUGGAUGCCGAGAUUCUUCCUGCAGCAAUGCUGGUACAGUAGGUUUACUGAAAGUAGGAGAUACUUAUCCGUUUGGUGUGGAUCCAAGCUGGAGAGGCAGUCGUACAGAGCUACCUUUCUUGAACUCUCUCAAGAUGAAAAUGUCAAUUUUGCUGGGUGUCGUCCAGAUGAAUCUUGGAAUUAUCUUAAGUUACUUCAAUGCAGUAUUUUUCGGCAAUUCUCUUGAUAUCAAGUACCAGUUUGUGCCACAAAUGAUCUUCCUUAAUAGUCUUUUUGGAUAUCUGUCCCUUUUGAUUGUAGUCAAAUGGUGCACUGGUUCUCAAGCUGAUCUCUAUCAUGUAAUGAUUUACAUGUUCUUGAGUCCUUUUGAGGAUCUUCGUGAUAACAAGUUGUUCUGGGGCCAGAGUGUACUUCAGGUCAUCUUAUUGCUAUGUGCUGUUGUGGCUGUUCCAUGGAUGCUCUUUCCUAAACCUUUUAUUCUGAAGAGGCUUCAUACUGAGAGAUUUCAAGGUCGCAGCUAUGGUUUACUUGGAACCUCUGAUAUGCAUAACAUUGAUGAUGAACCUGAUUCUGCGAGGCAUCACCAACAUGAAGAAUUCAAUUUCAGUGAGGUAUUCGUGCAUCAAAUGAUACAUUCAAUUGAGUUUGUACUUGGUGCAGUUUCCAAUACCGCAUCAUAUCUUAGGCUUUGGGCAUUGAGUUUGGCUCACUCUGAAUUAUCAACUGUUUUCUACGAGAAAGUUCUGCUUCUUGCAUGGGGGUAAGUUUUUUCAAAGACUGAAUGCAUCCAGAUUCGAUACAUCGGCGAAUAGUCUGAAUGCUCAAGUCAAUUGCUUUACAGUGGACGGAUGGGUUAAUCGAUUAAUAAUUAAACAUUAGUCAUCUGAUAACAUGCUACCCAUUGUAACAUAAUGUUUCCGCUUUCAAUUUGAUUGCAGGUAUAAAAAUCCCAUCAUAAGACUUGUGGGACUUGCAGUUUUUGCUUUUGCCACAGCUUUCAUAUUGCUCAUGAUGGAGACUCUUAGUGCCUUCCUUCAUGCUUUGCGUCUUCAUUGGGUAGAGUUUCAGGGCAAGUUUUAUCAUGGUGAAGGCUAUAAGUUCAGGCCAUUCUCCUUUGCUGCUUUGACUGAAGAUGAUGACUAGGAUGAUUGUUUUCUUAUCUUCCAAAUAUUCAUGCAAAGAACUGCAAAAGCAGAAUUGGGAAGAAGAGAUACUCUGCCUGCAUUACUGAAAGAACGGCCUGAACUAACACCACCGGCAGGAUGAGACUCCCGUGGCUGGGUAGCAUUUCUUUGCUCUAAUUUUACAGUGAUUUAACUUCAAAAACCUCAAAUCGUGGGCGGAAUCUACAGGCGUAAAUGGCAUGGAAGAUUUAUGCUCAAUGUUUCUAUAAACGUGUAGGAUAAAAGAUUUUGUAAUUUUUUGCCCACAUAGAUUCUUUACUGUUCCCAGGUCGUCUUUCAGAAUAGGGCAAUUACAUACCUGGUAUUGAGAGAGGACUGAAAGACGGAAGAUGGGAGGAAGUAUACACUGUGAAUACAUGGUGUUAUUUUUUUUGGCUUAGUCAAACACACAAAAAUGUCGCCCAGUUUAUGUUAUAGGAGUAGAGAGCGGUAUUGAGAGAUAUCUAAGACUCAUCGAUCCCAAUUUUUGUAAAUUUGCACUAUAGUUCAAAGAAGAGUAAUUUUUUGUUCUAUAUAAAACUAACCCUAUUUGUUUCCAAGACUCAAACUAAAUUGAGCUGAAAUUGACCAUAUCUUCCAUUUCGAUUAGUUUGCUCCAACAAAUUUUUAUUUGUAGUUGGAACAAUAAAAUUCC